GAUGUUUGAGCUUCGUAGACAAACAUUAUAGAACUGGUCAAACCUCGACUGAAUUUUCACAACGGGAAUCAUUUUUCAAUCAAUUCGAAGCAUGUUAUUCACUCACCACACGGGCUGGAACCUUAUUAUCAGCGAAGAAACGAAACACUGCGACUGAACAGUUUCUAUGAAUAGAUUCCCCCCCUCAUUGAUCUUUAUAAGGAUCGUUGGAAUUCCAACUCAGACACAACCCUCUAAUUCCCUCCAAGAGGCCUAAUACUUCAGAAAGUCUCAGAAAAUGGACGAGUUUACGGCAAAUGCGUUUGCGAAUCGUGAUGAUCCUAUCCCGGUGAUAAGAUUGGACCCUACCGACGACCUUGAUGACGAUGUGGAGGAUGCAAACGGAGUGUCUAAGAAAGAAGGCACGCGAGAGAGACUGAGAAGACAUAAAUCGGAGUUGAAGGAGAAUUUCAAAAAGGCACACAGCAAAGCUUCGGAAACUUCGGCAUCUGUACAAGACAGACUCCUUGAAAAAUUAUUACAACAGGUAAUACCAAUUGAGGAUCUCGGCGAAAAUGGAAAAGAUGCGACUAUUACUGCUCCAAAUUUUGUUGAGCGACCUGCUUUCAAUAUAACGACCAUGUCGAAUAAUUUCAGAAGAUUCAAUGCUAGAAUAGGAGUGGUUUUCGUCUUCCAAGCCAAAGUGAUACGUCUACUAAGCUGGAAACAAUGGUCGCAUACUCUUUCAUUUCUUGCAGUAUAUACCUUCGUCUGCCUAGAUCCAUAUCUUCUUACCGUUCUUCCAUUAGCGGUUCUCCUCCUCGCAAUCCUCAUACCUUCCUUCAUUGCUCGUCACCCUGCGCCUCCCACAACUAUAACCACGGACUCGUUCACAUAUUCCACAACAGGUCCACCAAUAGCCCCAGCUCCAGUUGUUAAACCCGUCAAAGAGCUUUCUAAAGAUUUCUUCAGAAACAUGCGCGAUCUCCAAAACUGCAUGGAAGAUUUCUCUCGCCUCCACGAUACAGUAAUUGCCCUAAUAUCCCCUUCCACAAAUUUCUCCAACGAACCAUUGUCAUCUACCUUGUUUCUUUUCCUCGUAGUAACAGCGGCAUUUAUGUUCAUCGCUUCUCAUCUCAUGCCAUGGCGCUUUAUCUUCCUCACAAUAGGCUGGACCAUUACGUCUCUCGGCCAUCCAACCAUCCAACGCCAAAUGAUCACAACACAUACAGCAGUCGUACAGCCGCGUGCGAAACCUCUCCAAACUAGCCUUGAAACCUUUAUUUCCCAUGAUAUCAUCCUCGAUUCCUCUCCCGAAACCCGCGAAGUAGAAAUCUUUGAGCUCCAAAAGCUUUCCCGUGCAGGCGAGUGGGAACAUUGGGUAUUCAGCAGCUCACCUUAUGACCCUAUGAGCAGUAUGCGAAUCGAAACUGAGCGGCCAAUCGGCUGUCGUUUCUUCGAAGAUGUAAAGAGUCCAAGAGGUUGGGAAUGGAGCGAAAAGAAAUGGGCGCUGGAUUUGUGGAGUAGGGAAUGGGUUGAAGAAAGAAUUAUCACAGGUGUAGAGGUGGAAACAGAGGGUGAAAGAUGGGUUUAUGAUAUCAGGUAUGAGGGACAGGAGGAGGAUCCUGUAGGUGUGAUGGAUACGGGAAGUAGUAGUAAUGUAGGAAGUGUGAGAGGGAAGAAAGGGGUACCGGUUAGUUGGGAGGAAGCGAGUGAGGUUGACGGGGCUGGUAGGAGGGGAGAAUGGAGAAGGAGAAGAUGGGUUCGAAUGGUUAAGAGAAAGUGGGAAAAUCAUGAAGCGGAGGUCGAAGAUGAGAAGAAAUAGUUGAUGAAUACUUGGGUACUAUGAUUUUAUGAAAUCCCGGUGUGGAUAAAUGGAUGGUGUUUGGGUAGUAUAUGAUUUUUAGCGUACAAGUUUGGGCAUGAAUGGGUUGGGUACGGGAUUGAGAAAGAGGCAAUAGGAUUGGGAAUGGGGGAAUGGAAUUUGGGGUUAGGCAUAUAUAUAUACCAUGGUGCAGGCUUCACCAACUUGCAUUUGUUAGUCUACACAUCUGUAGACAGAUUUCAGCAAGCAAAUUAACAUAA